CUUUCCCCAACUCACACUCUCUCUCAGUUUCAAAUCCAGAUCUGCUCCGACAAUGCAGCUCCGUCCGGCAGCCAACGCCGGCGCGUUUGCCCUCUCACUCGUUUUUUUGUUCUCCUUCGCCCACGCGCACAACAUCACGCGCCUCCUCGCCAAGCACCCGGAGUUUUCUACUUUCAAUCACUAUUUGAGCCUGACACACCUGGCCGCCGACAUCAACGACCGCACCACCAUAACCGUCUGCGCCGUCGACAACUCAGCCAUGUCAGCCCUCCUCGCCAAGCACCUCUCCAUCUCUUCCGUCAAGAACAUUCUCUCACUUCACGUCUUGCUCGACUACUUCGGCGCCAAGAAGCUCCACCAGAUCACCAACGGCACCGCCCUCGCCGCCACCAUGUUCCAGGCCACCGGCUCCGCCCCGGGAUCCGCCGGCUUCGUCAACAUCACCGACCUCAAGGGAGGUAAGGUCGGCUUCACUCCCGAGGACAACGACGGCUCCUUCGCCGCGCAUUUUGUUAAGUCCGUCGAGGAGCUCCCUUACAACAUCUCCGUCAUCCACAUCUCCGCCGUCCUCCCCUCCGCCGCCGCCGAGGCCCCCACUCCCGGCCCCGCCGAGGUUAACCUCACCGGAAUCAUGUCCGCACACGGCUGCAAGGUCUUCGCCGAGACGCUCCUGGCCAACCUUGAUGCGGCCAGUACCUUCAACGACGCCGUCGACGGCGGACUCACCGUGUUCUGCCCCGGCGACGACGCGAUGAAGGCGUUCCUCCCCAAGUACAAGAACCUAACGGCGACCGGAAAAGCCGCAUUGCUCGAGUACCACGGAGUUCCUGUGUACCAGUCCAUGUCGAUGUUGAAGUCCAACAAUGGUCUGAUGAACACUUUGGCCACCAACGGAGCAGAGAAGUACGACUUCACCGUCCAAAACGACGGCCAGGCCGUCACUCUGAAGAACAAGCUAGUCACGGUCAAGAUCACCGGCACGCUCAUCGAUGAGCAGCCCCUUGCUAUCUACACUAUCAACAAGGUCUUGACGCCCAAGGAGCUCUACAAGAAGGGUGAUGCUCCAACUCCGGCGCCGGCUCCGGCCCCAGAGAAAGCCGCCGACGCGCCCAAGAGCUCCGAUGACGACGCCGAAUCUCCAGACGCCGAUUCUCCGGCUGACUCGCCGGACGACGACCCGGCUGAUCAGACCGCCGAUGACAAUGGAGCCUUUGCGUUGGGAAGAGUGGGGUUUGGAAGUUUGAUCCUCAGUGUGUGCCUUUGGUUUUCACUGUUGUAAGUUUCUUUUUUUUACUUACUAGGAAAUAAGUGAAGCAGUUUGAGGUAAAGUUCUUCAUUUCUUUCAAUUGUUUGGUGUGUUUGGGAACUGGGGUGUGUGAUUUUUGGGUGUUGUCUACUCUGUUGGGGGAAAAUUGUAAGGUUUUGAUUUUGGUUUUGUUGGUGUAAGUUUGGCUAGAACUUGUUGGUAGAUUAUGUUAUCUCC